ACUGUUUGACAGAAUAUGUUUCCACCCGUGCACAAUUCACAGUUACACGGGCGGAAAAUGGCGAGCCACCUUCGUUUUGUCGCUCGGACUGUCAUGGUCCAGAAUGGCAAUGUCGAUGCGGCAUACGGCGCUCUUAACAGAAUUCUGUCCUCAGAUGGAAUUAUUGAAUCUGUGAAACGCAGAAGAUACUAUGAAAAACCCUGUCGUAAGAGGCAGAGAGAAAACUUUGAGAACUGUAAGAGAAUCUACCAUGCUGAGAUGGCCCGAAAGAUAUCUUUUGUAUCAAGGACACAAAGAGAAGAUCCAUGGCUUGGAUGUUAAAAAUGAUCGAGAAGUGACUUCAUGAAAUGUCAAGUUAUGAACUGUGAUCACCCUCAGAGACACAUUUGGUCAAAGAUGAAGAAGAUCAAGAAUUUACAAAGAUGAAGAUCCAUAAACAUAAGUACAUUCAGCCAAUAUUUACAUUUUGAAAGCUGUUGUUUUGACACGUUGACUUUUGUUCGGCUGUUGUAAACUGUUGCAUGUUCUCAACAAUAAAAAGCUGUCAAUUCAUGAAAA